CCCAACUUUCCCACGUACAAGAUCUUCCAGAAUGUUAUCUUGCGCGAAUUUCCGGGGGUAUAGGCUAUGACUUUUCUUUCCACAUUUUACACUCCUCCUCGAAAAUAGGUAGUACUCCACCUAUGGAUCAGCCACAUCAAGCCUCGUCGACUCAGCGAGGCAGGCCUCGACAGCGGUCGGCUGUUGCGUGCACUUGGUGUCAUUCCCGCCGCGUGAAAUGCAAUGCAGCAGCCAAAGGGACGCCGUGUUCGAAUUGCGAGACCGCCGGCCGCCAUUGCAUGCUCAUUGAGAGCAAGAGAGGCAAGAAAAGAAAGCUGUCAACCUCACCUUCUGUCGGACGCCACCACUAUGUCGCCGAGACCCCGACUCCUGGAACGGUGGCGGCACACGGCAAUGUUUACGAUCCUUUGCAGGAUAUGCGAAAUGUUCCCAAAGACACUCCGAAUGGACUGACGCAUCGACCCUCGACCUCGACAUGUGACCACGAAAAGCCUGAUUCCGUCGAGGAACCACAAGAGACUCUUUAUGCUCAAGUCCUCGACAAAGCUACAAAUGCUGAUGUGGUUUCCGAGACCAAAGAAGGCGUGGUACAUGUCAUGUACAUGGGCGAGACUUUUAACCUCACCCAUCUGCUACGACAAACGAACCCCGAUUCAGCCCGCUCAACACGAAAAAGGCACUAUGUGGUGCGUUUCAAUCCUCAGAAUCGGCCAGUCGACGCAGUCGAGGAUGAGUACGAUAACGACACUAUCGUCAAAACCUUCUUGCACCAUCAAGAUUGCUUUGUCGUCCCUGGCGUCCAUACUUGCUAUCAGCUGUUCCGCGCAUACUUUGAUUUCGUCCAUCCUCACUAUCCCAUCGUGGAUCGUGCAGACUUCGCGUCCCAGUAUGCCGAUCCUACCAAUCCUCCAUCAUAUCUCCUGCUGCAAUCAGUCCUCUUCAUGGCUGCAGGGCAUUGUGACAUGGCCAUUCUUCGCGACGCCGGAUUCGAUUCUAGAUAUCAUGCCCGGAAGACUUUCUUCCAGCGGGCCAAAGCUCUCUACGACAAUGACCACGAACCAAACAAGAUUACCGUCGUACAGGCAGUCUUCCUGAUAAGCUUCUGGUGGAAUGGGCCAACAGAUCAGAAAGAUACAUGGCACUGGCUAGGCAUUGCCAUCAGCCUGGCGCUUACGCUCGGAAUGCAUCGGUCGACCCAACACUCAGACAUGAAACCCAAAGAUCGCUCGCUGUGGAAACGAAUUUGGUGGUCUCUGUUUGCUGAAGACAAGCAUGCCGCCACAGCUUUAGGCCGUCCAGUCCACAUUCGAAGGGUUGACUGUGACGUUGAAGUACUCAACAGAGCAGACUUUGAGGAGCAGUCAGUGUCCAGACCCGACAUUUUCGGAAUUCCAGAGCCUGUGGACGGGCUUUAUGUCAUGGCUCUGGUUGAGCUCUCCUUCAUCGGCGAGAACAUUGUCCAUAGCUCCUUCACAGCCUUCAAUUCAACAACAUCCUACAAUGCCGAGAUGUUCCAACAAUGUUCCGAGGCCCUCGAGCAGUGGAAAGCCAGGCUAGCUCCCGAGCUGAAUCUCGAACACAACAGUUCUUGUCUCUGGACAAGCAUGUUGCACGUUGCUCACAGCUGGUUUGAAAUAGUGACCCACAGAUCGAUUACGCCGCAAAAUCUUUCGCCACCUUCGAUAAAGACUGCCCAUACUCUGGCCAUGGAUGCUGCCAACCGAAUGAUCAGGAUAGUGGAGGAAAUGCUGUCUCGCUCCCACGUUCUGCAUUGCCCCAUUCACAUUGUUCCUUCCUUGUUCGCUGCCAUGGGCAUGCAAGCAGUCGACAUCUGUUCCGGUCAGCCUGUUCAGGAGCAACUCGCUGUGGUCAAGGUCCGGCUAGCCAUGAUUGCUCUGCGGGAGUUGCAGAGUACCUGGCCCGUCAGCGGAUGGAUCUUUCGUCUCUUUUCAAAAAUCGUCCGCCGCAUUCGGAAUGGCGAUGAACUGCUGCCUAACGAGCCCGUCAACUCAUCACCCGUUCAAUUGAAGCAGGCGUUCGAUGAAGAGGCACCUCCUGCGCAUGGCCAAGUCAUGGCUCAUCAAUCAUUGCUUACCAACAAGCCUCAAUACCCAGAUCCAGGUCUUGCUCAGUCUCAGAUGUAUGCCAUGCAGAAUCAUCCCGCCGGGCGAUAUCUCUUUCCCGAAGCUUCGAAUAUGGCCAUGCCUGUCAGCUAUCCUGCAGACUGGGGAAGUAUCCUUGACGACUGUGCAUGGGGAGACUUUGAAUAUGAGUUCUGAGCCUUGGUCGAGUUAAACGACUCUUUCGCCCUCUAUCUAAAGUACACAUAUCGCAUUCGGCGGACUUGCAACCCCUCCGGGGAAGUUCAGAGGCGCACUCGUGAAAAAGAAGCUCCACUUCCGCAGCUUCUGGCAAAUGUCCGCCAGCUCAUCCAGGUCAAACAUUUCACCAACAGGCAUCCCAAACAGCGCAAUGAGAUUAUCAUGAAGGCCUGUCGGCAUGCGUCAGCAGUAGAUGGCAAAGGAUGGUCAAAGCAAUGGACUUACGCCAUCUUUCAUCCUUUGCGGGCCAGGCUUCGAAAACAUUCGCAUCGCCGCCAACUGCGGCGAAGUGACGAUCCCAAAGCCACUCCACGGACUCCCUGGUGCCCUCAACUCCAGCCCACGUUGACCCGUCCACGGUCCCUCGUUUUCGGUCAUCGGCAUUGGCCUCCUUAUACCACUUGACGAACCCUGACCGGAUCAACAAAAUGUCGCCCUGUCGAAAUUCCGUGCCUUGCCAUGCUGCAACUGAUUCAAGGUCUUUUUCGGAAAUGGCAUGGCGCUCGAUUGGCGAGUACUGGAUGCCCCGGUCCUUCGCCCAGGAAAAGUAAUCCAGGAGAAUGCCGCGUCCGACUAUGCCUCCAUGUUUCGACCAUUCUGGGACACUCAUUAGCUGGUCCCUUCACCAGUCAGCCUUUCUUACGAUCGAUGCCAUUCCGGGCCGGAGCAGCUGGACUGGUAAUGUCGGCAUGAGGUACACCGUUAUAGUACGUUCUUGACGGCUGAUGAGCCCAAUGUCCUGCAAGAAUCGUCAAUUCAGUGGAAGCAGUUUUACCAGAUAUCAAUGAGCAAACUCACGGAAUCCAUCCCAUUGACUACCGCUUUGGGUGUUCAUCUGAAUUUCGUCGUCAUGUCCAACCCAGUCUGGUAAUUGCAUGAUCUUGUGAUUUGGUCUUCUCCGACCUGAAUGAGGUGUUUCGCAGUUGUCGAGCGACCAAUUGAUGGCGACACUGAUGCCAUAUUGGAUCUCGUCCCUAGCAGCCAGCAUCGUUGAGGGUGUCAAGAGGUUGAGGGUGCCCAAUUCAUCUUUCUGCGCUGGCCGAUCCCAGAGGCCCCAGGUACAGCCAUGCGG